AUAUCUGCUGCGGUAGUUUGGGCCAAGCAACUUCAAUACAAGUUAACAAAGUUUAUACUAAUGAUGAUGAUAUUGGUUGCUCCAUAGUUAAAUACUCUUACUCCUGAGGCAAGGAAAAUUGCAUGCGACAGCUUAGGGCAGCUGGGCAAACCGUUCUAAUUGCAACGACGAACCGAUGUAGUAACAGGCAUGCGCAAAAGCUGCUUACAGUGGCAAGGGCUGAUGAGAACUCGGGCAAAUCCUCGCCGCUCAAGCUGGUGGUGGCGAGUCGGGACGUUCCGGCGGGGCGGGAGGUGCUGAUGCCGGCGGGGUACGGCGUUUUGUCGGGAGUGGGCACGGACUGCUACGGCGGCGGCGGCCGCCGACCCUUCACAGCCGCGCGCCGGCGCCAAGGCCGUCACUACUGGCGCCGGCGCCCCCAACUUGGGCCCAAGGCUCCCUCAGCAGCUUCAGGGGCCCCGGCAAUCACUCCUGUGGGCGUCACGGCAUCGCCUGGAGCACGGGCCUGCACCGCUCCUGUGGCGCAGCCGACAGCGGCUGCUGCGCCCGACGCCCACGCGGUGGAGUGGCUCUCCUUGUCGCCUGCUCCGCAGCCGCCACAGGCUAACGGCCGUGUGUGGGCCACAGGCGCCGCACCCGCCACGGGUUUGCAGCAGCAGCAGCAGCAGGGCGAAACAUCGAUCUGCAGCGAGGCGGCGGCGGCGCUGCGGCAGCAAUGCUCCCCUCGCUCGUCUCCGGAGCGCCGUAUCAGUGGUGCGGCUGGUGCGGCUGGUGCGGCUGGUGCGGCUGGUGCGGCGGGUGCGGCUGGUGCGGCUGGGAGCAGGGCGCGCAAUGGCCAGCAGCAAGCACCCGCGGCGCUGGUGGGUGGCACCGCAGCUCCUGCACCAGGGUCAGCAGCAGCUGCUCCUCCAGCCGCACCAGACCCAGAAGCCGCCGCUGCCGCCAAGGUGCCGACGACGGGCACGAGCUUGGACAAAGAUCGUGGCGUUGGUGACUCUAAUAGCCGCAACCAGGGCAGUCCGGCGGCCGGCGCUGCUGCUUGUGCAAGUGCUGGCGCCGCCGCUGGCGAUGGCGGCAGCGAUGCGCCCGACCCUGACGCCAGCGCUGCGGGAUUCGGCUCACCAAGCCCACUGCAGCCGGGCCGGCAGCGGCAGUCGGGACUGGGCGGCGCACUACACAAAGCGGCGGAGCAGGUGUCAGCGCUGGAGGCAGACCUGGCGCAGGCGCUUGCCGGGCGGGGCGGCGGCGCAGAGGGCGAGGGCGGAGGCGGCGACGGCAGCCGCUGAGGACGCCCAAUAGCAGGACGAGCACGAGCGAGAGUUGUUGUGGAGCAGGUUGCGGGCCGGGCAUGUGGAGGUAUAGGCCAGGGAUGCGGAGGUGGCUGAGCUGAAGACGAAGGUGCAGGAGCAACGUGGUAGGCUGGAGCGAUGGAAAAAGCAAGGGCAAGCACUGGAACAGGCGUUCGGUGCGUUUGUGCAAGAGGAGGACUGAUGAUCAUGAUGGCCAGCGUGGGUGUUCCCAGGGUAUCGGAUGAGGGACUGGAUCAGUGUCCUAGCAUAUCCUUUGUGGUGUUAGUGCCGCAAAAUGCGGUGCGGUGCGCCUGGGCCCUGGGCACGUUUUGUGCUGACGGAGCGCAGCACGCAAGCGGGGGUUGCCGGAGAGCUCAGGUCAGCGCAGGCAUUUUGGUUCGUGUGCAUAUGAAGUGCAUGUCUCCAUACUCCAUACAUACUAUUUCCAAGCGUAUGGACUUUCCGUGCGAGUGUUUGUGCAGAAGGACUGACGACCAUGGGAUUCAGGUACUGGUCUGCUGAAGGCAUGCAGGACGAGGCUGGGGCCUGUACAAUAUUGUUAGUCGGGCAAUGUGUUGACGCGUUGUGCAGGCGGCUGCUUCUGAGGAGGCCGAGGCAAGGCAGCAGGCUCCGGAGCGGGCGCAGGCUAAUCGGACAGAGGACUGCAGGAGGCGCUAACGGAGGCACGGGAGGCGCAGGAGCGGGAGAGGGCAGAGUGGAGGAAGCGGGCAGCGGAAAAGGAGGCGCCCGUCGAGGAACUGACGUGGAAGCAGGCGGUUGAGCCAGCAGAGGUGAGGCAGCAGCUUCAAGAGACGGACGCGGCCCUGACCAGGAAGGAUGAUGCUGUCCGUGCGUUUAUGCAAACAUGGCCGCCAAGGUAGAGCGGACUUGCAAGUUGGGGAAGUUAGGUAGGGGCAGAGGCAGGGGAGGCAGAAUGAUGCAGGUGCAGCCAGUGAGUCUUGUGAAUGAAGGCGUAUGCUGGUAAGGUUGGUGCAGAAUGGUACAGCUUGUUACUGACCGGUAGACGGUAGUGGACUUUACUAACAUGCUUAGGCACGGGACAUUAGGCUUGUACAGCAGGGGUUGCACUGUGUGCAGAGGUCAAAUGGACCCAGUGCUCGUAUCUUCCGUCUACACUG